CCCGGGCCAGUGCGUUGGUGACUACCAAAGUCUCCUGUCUUGACAACUCUCGAAGCUAAAAGGUGCAAAGACAGUUCAAUCUUAUCGUUAUUGACAUUCGGUCUGCCUUCACUAAGUUUACCCUCACUAAUUUCGAUGGCCUAGUGCCAGUCUAGCUUACGACCCAGCACCAAUACAAUGUUCCCUAAGUCUGCUCUCGCAGCGGCUUCUCUGGCGGCACUCACCCGAGCUGCCCAACCAGGAGCUGCAGCGCCCGUCGCAGCACCCCUUCGAGACCUUGAAUGGGGUCAGAUCAACUUCCUCCAUACCACAGAUACCCAUGGAUGGCAUGGCGGCCACCUCCAAGAACCUCAGUACUCGGCAGACUGGGGUGACUAUGUCUCCUUCGCCGAGCACAUGAAGAAAAAAGCUGAUGAUCAGGGUGUCGACCUCCUCCUCAUCGAUACCGGCGAUCGGAUAGAGGGAAACGGUCUCUAUGAUGCGAGCGAUCCCAAGGGGAAAUACACCUACGACAUCUUCAGCGAGCAGUCGAUAGAUGUUAUUUGCACUGGCAACCACGAGCUGUACCAAGCCGACGCGGUCACCCGCGAACACGAUAUCACCGUUCCUAACUUCAAAGACUCAUAUCUUGCAUCGAAUCUCGAUUACAUAGAACCCGAAACGGGCAAUCAGAUACCCCAAGCGAAACGGUACCGCAAAUUCAAGACGAAAAAUCAGGGACUUAAUAUCGUUGCGCUCGGCUUCCUUUUCAAUUUCGACCGAAACGCUAACAACAGCGUCGUGAUACCCGUUGAAGAGACAAUCAAAGAACAAUGGUUUCUGGAUGCUAUCCGUGAGAAACCCGACUUGUUCGUGGUUACCGGGCAUGUUGGACUUCGGAUGAAAGAGUUUGAGCAGAUCUACAAGGUCAUCCGGGAUCAGAACUGGUACACACCCAUUGUCUUCUUUGGCGGCCACGCACACGUGCGGGAUACGCGCAAGUUCGAUGACAACGCUUUUGCCAUUGCCAGCGGCCGCUACUUUGAGACAAUUGGGUGGAUGUCUAUUGACGGCGUGACGAAGAAGGGCGAUGAUGAGUUCUCUGCCCAGGCAUCGGCAUCUUUUAAGAGACGCUACAUUGAUAACAAUCUGUUUGGGCUCCAGUAUCAUACCGGAUUGAACGAGACUACUUUCCCGACGGAACACGGACGCAAUGUCACCAAGAUGAUUGCAGAUGGCCGGAAGGCUCUCAACCUCGACAAGACGUUUGGCUGUGCGCCUCAAGACCUCUGGAUGAGCCGGGCCGAGUACCCUAGCAACUCCAGCAUAUUUACUUGGCUCGAGGAACUGGUUAUGCCGGACAUUGUCGUCAACAAGGAGAGAGCAGAUGUGCCGAGGCUUGCCAUUACUAACACGGGAAUGAUCCGAUUUGACAUCUUCAAGGGAGCUUUCACUAUCGACUCGACAUAUAUUGUUUCCCCGUUUGUCAGCAUGCUCAACUACAUCCCGAAUGUCCCAUAUAACGUUGCCAAGAAGGUCAUGCCUCUUCUCAAUAAUGGAGGGCAGCUCUUCGCUGGAAACAUGGAUCCUGCGCUUGAUGCCAAGUAUCUCGUCAGCCCCGAACAAUGGUCUCUGGCAACCCAGCCGCAACUUGAGAAUCUCGAAACAGAGUCGCCCGUCCAUUUCAUGGACACUGCUGAUGGUCAGAAACCUCUUGGAGAUGGCGAUUCUAGCGAGAGACCCGGCUUGAUUGGCGGCUAUACCACGAAAGACGACCUUGGCGACAACGGCGAUGAUACCGUCCACUCGCCCCUGAAGUUCUACGCGGUUCCGAAUUGUAUCCAAACAGAAAUUGACUUCCCCAUCAAAGGUGAUCCCGAUAAGGUGGACUUGGUCUUUGUCGACUAUGUUCAGCCUUGGGUUAUCAUGGCAUUGAAAUUUAGUGGCGGAGACUAUAGCACUGAUGAUGUCAAAGUGUGGUCCAACGAAACGGUGACGGAUAUGAUCGCGGGCUGGAUUUGGGAGAAUUGGAAGGUUGAUUGCUGAAUUAGUGGAGUUUGAAUUGUAAGGGCCGGCGUGUGUAUGCGUGGUUUUCAAGCAAACGCACUUGGAGUUCCAGGAUUGCGGGCAAGGAAGUUUGAAUUACAAGAUAAUUGACCUGGAGAUUACGGGAUAUCGAGUUACACAUAUUUUUAUGGGGGAAGUUGCAUGUUUUCUUCAAUCGUCCGAAAUUUACUAUUUUUCAAACUACUCGUUGCGCAGAGCCGUAAUGUACGCAUCAUGCUGCUUCUAGGGAAGCCCUAUAUCUGGUUCUCCCCUUGCCGAGUAUAGUGUCGAGUGGCUUAAAUUUGAGAUGUAAACAUACGCAGGCAAUAAAACUACAAGCUGUGCAUGAU